AUGAAUAGAAUUUAUAUUUUUAUUGCCAUUGCAAUGAUGAUGGCAUUUUUAGCCUUCAGUAUCAAUGCUGAACAACAACAAUUAAAUAACGACAAUGAAAUAAUUCAAACAACAAAAAAUUUUACAGUUGAAGAUACAACAGACAAACUAACAAGUGCUGGCUUUUCUGGAAAAGGAAGUGGAGGUGUUUUUGACACUGCAAGCGCCUCAAGUGGCAGCGGAAGUGGAAGUGGAAAAAGUAGUGGAUGUGAUGAUGGUGAAAGACACACUACUUCAACUAGAUCCACUUUUAACGAAGAAACAACAGAUAGAAUAACAAGUGGUAGUGCUGGUAAAACUUCAAGUGGAACCAGUGCUGUAUCUUCUGGAAGUGGAACCAGUGGAUCUGGAUCUGGAUCUGGAUCUGGCACAAGCGCCUCGAGUGGCAGUGGUAGUGGAAGUGGAAGUAGUAGUGGAUGUGAUGACGGUGGAAGACACUCUAGUACUGGCUCAAGAACCACUGAUCCAUUAACCGAUCAUCCAUCAGGUAAGAGUAAUUUAAUUGACAUGUCAAUUGACUCUGGCGACUUUUCUUCUUCAUCCUCACCAAUCCUCCCAUCUCUAUUAUUUAUUAUUGUUGUUGCUAUCAAUUUAAUUUAA